GUGCGUUUAUAAACGAAAAUUUUGAUUACAUCCCUCACACUUAAAAUCCCCCCACCCUUGUGUUUAAAGCCCGUCACCGCCGUUUCAUUAUAGGGCAAAGUCCCAAAUCCCACACACUCUCUCUUCUACUUCGAAUCUUUAAACUGAAAAGAGCCCUUAUCUCAGCCAAUCGCUGCCGCCUCAAUGUCUCAGGUUGAUAACAGAAACUCUUCAGCAGCCAAACGUGCUAGAACAGAUGGUAGUCGUAGGGAAGAUGAUUGGACAUGCCCAAGUUGCGGGAAUGUCAAUUUUUCAUUUAGGACUACUUGCAAUAUGCGCAAUUGCACUCAACCCAGGCCAGCUGAUCAUAAUUCAAAAUCUGCAGCCAAGCCUCUGCAAGUCCCCCAGAAUUACUCGUCAUCCACUCCUUAUGUAGGUCCUGGUGCACCAUCUUCAAUGUAUCUGGGCGUACCACCUUAUGGUUCUUCCCUCUUUAAUGGUUCCUCUAUUCCUCCAUAUGACAUUCCUUUUUCUGGAGGAUCAGCUUAUCAUUACAAUUAUGGCAGUCGUCUUUCUGGUGGCAGUCCCUAUCGGCCAUUGCAUAUUUCUGGACCACCCCCUUAUUCUAGUGGGUCGAUGAUUGGAAAUGGUCUUGGUGGGAUGUAUGGUAUGCCUCCUUUGAUGGACCGUUACGGCUUGGGUUUGCCCAUGGGCCCACCUCCAAUGGGACCAAGGCCAGGAUUUUUUCCAGAUGAUAAAUCACAGAAAAAGGGUUUAGAUGCUACGCGUGAUAAUGAUUGGACAUGCCCAAAAUGUGGGAAUAUUAACUUUUCCUUCAGAACUGUCUGUAACAUGCGGAAAUGCAACACACCUAAGCCUGGAUCUCAGGCUCCAAAAUCGGAUAAAAAUUCAAAACAAAAGAUGCCUGAGGGAAGCUGGAAGUGUGAGAAAUGUAGCAAUAUUAACUAUCCUUUUAGGACAAAGUGCAACAGACAAAAUUGUGGGGCUGACAAACCAGCCGAGUCAAAGAAGUCCCCGUCACCAACAGCUAAUGAAAAUGAUCAGUGAGUACUAGGACAUGUUUGGGUUGAGAAGGUCCAGAGUUGUCGUCCAGCAUUGCUCAAUAUGGGUGUCUGAAAGUCAGUCUUGUCGUCCUCAUGUUGCAGCGGUUGUCAAGUUACUCUACCUUCUCAUGAUCAGUGUCCGGUUGUUGUAUUAAUGCCAUGGUAUUUGUGGUCUUUAUGGAUCAUUGGUGCAUUAUGUGUCAGCCAUCUUAAUCUGGAAAAUAUUUUACAGGUUGUUUCUGGUUUCUGUUAGGUAGGUUUUGUACUUUGGAAUAAACUCAUCUAUUCUAGUGAGGAUGUUAUUGUGGACUUAGAUAUGCUGCUAGUGGGGAAAGGAAACUACAGGUUGCACUUUUCUGGUUUUCAUUCAGUUUUCUAUCGUCUGUGUUGAGUUUUCAUUGUUUCAACAGAAAGCCUCUGUUAGAAGCAUACGAGGUUCUCAUCUUCCAAUGUUUAAUUAGAUCUAUUGUCACAUAAUGCAGGGAGUGGGAAAUAUCUUCAGUUGUUUUCAUGCUUGACUAUAGGAAGUAGAGGACAGUUGCAUGUCGUGUUUUUGCUUGUGACAUGGUCUAAACAUUUUCUGUGAUUUUGAGAGAUUUUCUCUAUAUCUUUCAGAAAUUACACAUUGACCGAUAGGAUAGUUACAGGAGAUAUGAUUGGUCACUGUGUAUCCUAUUUUGCACCACCAUAGGUGCUUAGUCUCCUGUUGGCAUUGGUGUUAAAAGUAAUCUGGUCAACUUUGCUCUAUGUAGCAAGUAUUCAUCCCUUAUCAUUGGCGGGUGGUGAUCUUUAAUUGCGAACUCUGGUUUCUUGUCAGUAUUACACGUUGCAUAAGUCCCUCAAUUUUCGAGAAAAUGUAGGUUUGGUUAAGUUAAUGAAGCUGCCAAUUUAAAACCUGUGUUGGUGUUAUCGACAUUUCUGGUCAUGAUUGAAUUGUUGCCGGCUAUAGGUGUUAUGAGUUCUGUCUGCAAUGUAAGCACUGCUUUUCUUGGACGACUCCCCUACGAUAGUUUAAGUGUGUGUUUUCAUCUUUUAGCCUGUUUCUGUUUUUUGUUUUCGUGUAUUUUUUUUUUUUUUUGCAAACACCAAGGUCGUAACCUCAAGUAACCAUAUGAUCCUAAACAUUAAAGUAAAAAUCAUAAGGGCAAUGAAUAGCAGUACCAAGUCU